CCAGGGGGGAUGGGUUGGGCGCCCUAUGGGUGCCAGCCCACCCCAAACUAGGGAUGAUACUAAAUGUAGCUUUGCUGCUGUCUUGGCUGCAGCUCAUCGCUGGGCGAAAGCUGGGCUUCCUGACAGCGCAGCAACAGGGCUUUGGCGGGGAGACAGGUCGCCUGGCGCACCUGACUUUCAAGCUCAAGGCCGUGCAGUUCAAGAAUCCCAACACUAGGUAUGGCGAGCUUGGGCGCCUACAAAUUCUCACGUCUACUGGGACGUGCCUGACAUGUGAGGACUCCUCAGUUUGCAGCUCACCCAACGAGCCGGAGAGCCAGGAGUAUCUGGUCGAGGCUGCCUGUUCGAGCAAGUUCGUCUUCGGCAAGAAGUUUAGCUGGAAGGUGCAAGCAGAUUCCAACGCCAGUGACAUCGUCGUGGAGAUCCCGCUCAAGGCGGUGAACCAUGAGCAGCACUUCAAGGCGGAGAUCACCACGGCGGUCCAGGGCUCUGGGAGCAACGACCUGGAGCACCAGGGCAGGCAAGUCACGCAGUGGAGCAUGACGAGCGUGAUCUCAUCGGCAGCGGGCGUGGCCUGGGCAAAAGUGCCGGUGGUCGUCACUGGCGACUUCUCCAAGGCGGUGGCCAAGCCGGCCACCAUGGACUUGCCCAAGGAUGCCGAAGACCUCUUCGAGGACACCUGCGCGCAGCCACCGAGCAUCACCAACUACACUGUGUCGGAGCACAUGCUCCGCAAGAAAAACUUCAAAGUGGAUGCCGCGUGCACGAAGUUCUUCCAAGGCAAGCCCAAGGUGGAGCCCUGCGACGGGGACGGGCUGCCCUACAAGCUCUCCGGUUGCCUCCCGGAGGUUUGCGCCAAGCCCACGGGUGACGAUUUGUACAAGUUCGCGCUGGCAGACGUGAACUUGGAGAGGCGCUCCUUCACGGUGGACGGGCGGUGCAAGUACGGCUUCGCGGGCACGGUCAGCAUCGAGCUGUGCGCAGCCCACGGCGAGCCGUACAAGGUCAGUGGCUGCGUAGGCACAACCACUACCACCAGCACAACCACCACCACUGCCACCACAACAACGACUGUGACUGAGACAACAACUACAACAUUGACCAGCACAAGCACUUCGACCACCACCAUCACCACAACGACAACGGAAACUGAGACAACCACGUCAACGACGACUAUCACAACUGUAACGACGACGACAGAAACCACGACCAGCACUACAACAACAACGACCACAUCUACAACAACGAGCACCAUUACAACUACAACCACUACUACUAGCACAACUACAGUCACUGAAACAUCUACGAGUACAGUGACAGAAACGACCACCUCCACGUCAACAAGCACAAUCACAAGCACCACAACAGUUGUCACCACAACAGUAAAAGUUACCAGCACCAUCACCACUACCACAACAACCACAUCUACGACCACCAACACCGUGGUGACCACAACCACGAUCACCGAAACUGAGACCAGCACGUCGACAACUACCUUGACCGCUACCAGCACAACCACCACAACCAGCACCACCACGACCACCACUACCACCACUACAACUAGCACCACCACUGAAACGGAGACAACAACCACGACUUCAACUGUGACAACAACAACUACCUCCACUGUGACUACGACCACAGUGACUGAGACAGUUACGGGGACAACAACAACUACCUCCACCACCACUGAGACUUUAACCAGUACGACAACUACUGCUACAAGCACGACGACAAUUACCACAACAACAACUACAACGACCUCAACCUCAACUACAACCACGAGCACGUCUACAACUACCAUAACUACGACAACAACGACCAGCACCAGCACCAUUACUACCACAACAACGACCGUAACUGGAACUACCACUAUCACUAGCACUACCACCAUCACAUCAACAACAACAACCACGACAACCACGACAACCACGACAACGUCCACGACAACAACAACUGAAACCACAACAACCACCACGACAUCAACCACUACGUCAACUAGCACCUCCACCACAACCAGCACAGUGACAACGACGUCAACGACUACCACCACCACUGAGACAGGCACAUCCACCACCACCACUACCACUACCACGACUUCCACCACAACUACCACCACUGAGACAAGUACCAGUACCACAACGUUAACGGCAACAUCUACCACCACAACCACCACCACCACAACAUCCACCACCACGACUUCCACAACAACGACUACAAGCACAUUUACUGAGACCACCACCACAACAACAACGAGCACGAUCACAACUACUACCAUCACUGAAACAACCACCACUACCACCACCUCAACAACUACUACCGUGACAGUGACCUCCACAACCACAACAACCGAGACAAUCACUUCGACCACAAUCACCAGUACAACGACCACCACCAGCACGCAGACGUCAACCACAACUACAACCACUACAUCGACGAGCACCUCCACAUCAACCACGACGAGCACCUCCACCAGUACGACCACGACAACAACCACCAGCACCUCGACGACCACCACCACCAGCACUGAAACGAUCACCACCACAACCACAGCCACAACUACUGUCACCACAACUACCUCCACCUCAACCACUACCGUGACCAGUGCCGACUGCUGGCCGCCAUCAGAUGUGACUGGCUAUGAGCUGACAGAGACGUCGAUGCACAUCGACAACUUCGAUGUGAAAGCUAGCUGCAAGCCCGGGUACCUGGGCGCUGCGAAGGUCCAGCCCUGCAGCGCGCCGGGCGAGGCCUUCAAGCUCAGCGGCUGCGACUGGGGAAACAUCUGCAUGGCUCCGGACUCUGUCAGCGGGUACCUUCUAGAGGAGGUCAGCCUAGCUGCCGACAACUUCGACGUGAAGGCCAGCUGCGCCAAAGGCUUCUCGGGCUCGGCGAAGGUCGCGGCGUGCAGCAAGCAAGAUGGGCGCUACCAAUUGAGCGGCUGCAUCAUGGCGGUGUGUACUGGCCCUGGAGUGAGGGGCUACGUCGUCACCGAGACCAAGCUCAUGAUGGGCGACUUUCAGGUAACGGCCAGCUGCGCGCCCGCGUUCUCCGGCACCGCGGUGGUCACGGAGUGCACGGGGGCCCUGCAGCCCUACACCUUAAACGGCUGCACCGCGGCGCCCCUGUGCAUGGCGCCCAAGAGCUUGCUGGGCUACCAGGUCCUGGAGACGCAGCUGCUGCGCGCGAACUUCGAAGUGACGGCUACUUGCGCAGACAAUUACGUGGGCACCGCGUCAGUGACCGAGUGCGUGGAAGAUUUGGGCGUUUACACGCUGUCUGGCUGUGAAGAGAAGAUUACCUGCGCGUCGCCUGACUCCACAGAUGGCUACGAUGUCACGGAGAAGAACAAGGUGGCCCAGGAGUUUGACGUGGCGGUGCAAUGUGCUCGUGGCUAUGAGGGUACCGCUGUGGUCACCAAGUGCUCCCAGACUGGCGAGAAGUACCAGUUGAGUGGCUGCAAAUACAGCACCACAACCUGCCUAGCACCCGCCUCAACCCAGGGCUACGUUGUGACGGAAGUGGAGCUGAGACGUGUGGUGUUUGAGGUGAAAGCGGCAUGCGCGCCGGGUUAUCAAGGCACCGCAGUGACGGCCACAUGUGAUAACCACUUGGGCGAGUAUGUCCUGGCAGGAUGCACUGCUGCGCCUAUUUGCCUCUCGCCAACGGACGUGGCUGGCUACAAGGUGACAGAGACUUCCGUAGCAAAAGCCGCUUUCAGCGUAGCCGCAGCCUGUGCAGACACGCACACAGGCACCGCGCAGGCCACUGUUUGUACAGAGUCGCUGACGUCCUACACGCUGUCUGGCUGUGAAGAGAAGAUUACCUGCGCGUCGCCUGACUCCUUGGUUGGCUAUGAUGUCACGGAGAAGAACAAGGUCGCCCAGGAGUUUGAUGUGGCGGUGCAAUGUGCUCGCGGGUAUGAGGGUACCGCUGUGGUCACCAAGUGCUCCCAGACUGGCGAGAAGUACCAGUUGAGUGGCUGCAAAUACAGCACCUCAACAUGUGUUCGACCUUCCUCAACGAAGGGCUACGUGUUGAAGGAAGUGGAGCUGAGACGUUUGGUGUUUGAGGUGAAUGCGGCAUGCGCGCCGGGUUAUCAAGGCACCGCAGUGACGGCCACGUGUGAUAGACACUUGGGCCAGUAUGUUCUGGAAGGAUGCACUGCUGCGCCUAUUUGCCUCUCGCCAACAGACGUGGCUGGCUACAAGGUGACAGAGACUUCCAUAGCGAAAGCCACAUUCAGCGUGGCUACAACCUGCGCAGACACGCACACAGGCACCGCGCAGGCCGCUGUUUGUGCAGAGUCGCUGACGGCCUACACGCUGUCUGGCUGUGAAGAGAAGAUUACCUGCGCGUCGCCCGACUCCUUGGUUGGCUACGAUGUCACGGAGAAGAACAAGGUCGCCCAGGAGUUUGAUGUGGCGGUGCAAUGUGCUCGCGGGUAUGAGGGUACCGCUGUGGUCACCAAGUGCUCCCAGACUGGCGAGAAGUACCAGUUGAGUGGCUGCAAAUACAGCACCUCAACAUGUGUUCGACCUUCCUCAACGAAGGGCUACGUGUUGAAGGAAGUGGAGCUGAGACGUUUGGUGUUUGAGGUGAAUGCGGCAUGCGCGCCGGGUUAUCAAGGCACCGCAGUGACGGCCACAUGUGAUAGACACUUGGGCCAGUAUGUCCUGGAAGGAUGCACUGCUGCGCCUAUUUGCCUGUCGCCAACGGACGUGGCUGGCUACAAGGUGACAGAGACUUCCAUAGCGAAAGCCACGUUCAGCGUGGCUACAACCUGCGCAGACACGCACACAGGCACCGCGCAGGCCGCUGUUUGUGCAGAGUCGCUGACGGCCUACACGCUGUCUGGCUGUGAAGAGAAGAUUACCUGCGCGUCGCCCGACUCCUUGGUUGGCUACGAUGUCACGGAGAAGAACAAGGUCGCCCAGGAGUUUGACGUGGCGGUGCAAUGUGCUCGCGGGUAUGAGGGUACCGCUGUGGUCACCAAGUGCUCCCAGACUGGCGAGAAGUACCAGUUGAGUGGCUGCAAAUACAGCACCUCAACAUGUGUUCCACCUUCCUCAACGAAGGGCUAUAAGCUCACCGAAGUGGAGGUGCGUCGCAUUGUCUUCGACGUAGAGGCUGCAUGUGCACCUGGCUAUACUGGCACGGCAGUUGUCACAAGAUGUGACAAGGAUCGGGGCGAGUACUCCUUGAGCGGCUGCGAAGCCUCGCAAAUCUGCGGCUCCCCCACGAGUCUGGCAGGCUACACGGUGACAGAGCUGGACCUCCGGCGGGGCACCUUCUCCGUGACCGCGGCCUGCGCCACGGGAUACAGCGGCCAGGCGACCGUCACCGCAUGUGCGGCGGGCCUCGAAGCCUACACCCUCUCGGGCUGCACGGCUCGCUGAGAUUUCUCAAGCGGAGGAACAAGUCUUGGAGCGAACAGCUGGCUUGGUUCCCUGACCCUGGGAGAUGAAACGAGCCUGAUUUGUUCAAAGGGGGAGAUAAAAACGAUACUGUUG